AUGCCAACUGAAGGUUAUGAAGAAAGAUCCCUUGGUGCAACAAACUUUCCUGAACUUGGAGUCAUCUUCAAAAGGAAGACUGAUCAAGUCAAGUACUUCAUUUCCAUGGCCUCCAUGAAUCGCCUCACAAAGAAACAACUUGAAAUCUUUGGAACCGCAGAUUGGAAUGGUCUAGGAAACAUGGCUUCCAUUGAAGUUAUACGCCUCUUUGUGAAAAUAUUGGAGGAAGAAGAUCCAAGAUGGUAUUCAAGGGCAGUAAACUAUAUCUCAGUGCCUGUUAUAGAUGUAGAGAUGAAUCAUGAUCCAAAGGCAGAUUUAUCCAUCAAGAAUGAAAUGAGUUUACCUGAAACAAAAAGCAUUCCUACUGGAAAUGGAAACUCUGUAGAAACUCAUGAUAAGGAUAUAAUGGUGGAAGGAUUUGGAUCUGUUAGUGUUUAUGAUCAAUGGGUUGCCCCUAAUGUAUCUGGGACCCGCCCAAAGCCCAGAUAUGAGCAUGCAGCAGUUGUUAUUGAUGAUAAAAUGUAUGUAUUUGGUGGAAACCAUAAUGGGCGUUACUUAAAUGAUCUUCAAACACUUAAUUUACGAAAUUGA